AUGAAGGAAGCCCUCGCACUCUUCUUCACACUUUCCCUCUAUCUCCUCCCCAACCCAACUCAUUCUACGCGCAACCCCAUCCGCCUUCCCACCGCCGCGUCAGGCGGCAUUCCGGUGGUGGACAUGGAGGGAGACGAGCUACAGCCCGGCAAACCUUACAUGUUACGCUCCUGGAAUUGGACCCACGGAGGAGUGAGACUUGCUAGUUUGGACGGGGCGACCACCAUUUGCCCAAGCGACGUCAUCUUAGGAUGCAAAUUAGACUACGGCAGCACCGUUACCUUCACCCCGGCGGACCCGAACGCCGCCGUCGUCUUGCGGUCGAGUUUCCUGAACAUCCAAUUCGCCGUCCCGACGGUCAGGCUUUGUGCAAAUAACGUGUCUUGGGAGGUUGAGUACGAGGCUAGUUCCGGGCAACGUUUCGUGAAGGCCGGUGAUGUUUUGUCGCACCCGUUCAAGAUUGAGUCAAUCGCACCCGGGCUUAGAGCUUACAUGAUCACUUAUUGUGAGUCCGGCACCGACAACUGCUACGAAGUUGGCUCACACUACGGCCAGCAGACGCGUUUGGCUCUCAGUACUGAUGAAGUCUAUGCUGUUACGUUUAUGAAACCUCGAGAUGUGUAA